UCCCGCAGCAACAGGGAAGAUGGCAGCUCUCACAUCUCUCACCCAGUUGUCUAGUGGGAACCCUGUGUAUGAGAACUUCUACAGACAGGUGGACCCUGGGAAUACAGGGAGAGUGGGACCAACAGAAGCUGCCUUGUUCUUAAAAAAGUCUGGACUCCCCGACAUUACACUGGGGAAGAUCUGGGAUUUGGCCGAUCCUGAUGGAAAAGGCUAUCUGGACAAACAGGGGUUUUAUGUCGCUCUGCGGCUGGUGGCCUGUGCUCAGAGCGGUCAGGAAGUCAGUCUGUCCAGCCUUAACCUCACAGUCCCUCCCCCCAAGUUUAAGGACACCAGCAGUCCAUCUCUAAGCAGCACAGCGUCUGCCUCUGGCGAAUUACACUGGGCUGUCAGGCCUGAGGAGAAGAGUAAAUUUGAUGGGAUUUUUGAGAGUUUGGCUCCAGUUAACGGCCUGCUGUCAGGAGAAAAGGUCAAACCAGUCCUCAUCAACUCCAAGCUACCUCUGGAUGUCCUUGGGAAGGUUUGGGACCUGAGUGACAUAGAUAAAGAUGGCCAUCUGGACAAAGAUGAGUUUGCAGUUGCCAUGCACCUGGUGUACCGGGCACUGGAGAAGGAGCCUGUUCCUGCAAUCCUCCCCGCUGCCCUCAUUCCUCCCUCUAAGAGGAAGAAGAGUCUGGCCUCAGUGGCUGGCUCUGUGCCCGGACUACCUGCAAGCCCUCCACCUCCAAAAGACUCACUGCGCUCCACGCCCUCUCACGGCAGCAUGAACUCACUCAACAGCACCGGCAGCCUGUCGCCCAAACACACACUCAAGUCUGGACAGCAUUCAGUGAACUGGGUGGUCUCAGUGGCAGACCGUGGUCGCUAUGACGACAUCUUCCUGAAGACUGAUGCUGAUCUUGAUGGUUUUGUCAGUGGACAUGAAGUAAAGGAGAUCUUCAUGCAGUCCGGACUCACUCAGAACGUCCUCGCCCACAUAUGGGCUCUGGCAGACACAAGGCAGAUAGGCAAGCUGACCAGGGAACAGUUUGCUCUCGCCAUGUAUCUCAUCCAGCAGAAAGUCAGCAAAGGAAUUGACCCUCCACAGGCCCUGACUCCUGACAUGAUCCCCCCAUCUGAGAGAGGCACUCCAGUACCAAGUAUGUCAGGAUACAUGACCCCAGUGGGAUCAGAGAUGGCUGCUCUGUCUGAGAUGAGACGGGACAGCUCUAGUUCGGUGGGUUCAGGGGAGUUCACUGGCAUCAAAGAGCUGGAUGACAUCAGCCAGGAGAUAGCCCAGUUGCAGAGCACUCUUGCCUUUACCCAGUGGAAUACUCUCAGGGAAAAGUACACUCUGGAGCAGGACAUCAGGGAGACAGAGGAGGCCAUCAGACACAAGAGUGCAGAGGUGCAGGAGAUGCAGAAUGACCUGGACAGGGAGACAGCAAGCCUGCAGGAGCUGGAGGCUCAGAAACAAGAUGCCCAGGACCGACUGGAGGAGAUGGACCAGCAGAAACACAAAUUAGAGGAUAUGCUGAACGAAGUGCGGAUGAAGUGCCAUGAAGAGUCUCAGAUGAUCUCAACCCUCCAGAGUCAGAUCCACUCCCAGGAGUCAGACUUGCAGAGCCAGGAGGAAGAGCUGAGCCGGGCAAAGGCUGACCUGGGCCGCCUGCAGCAGGAGGAGAACCAGCUGGAGCAGAGCCUGGCUGCUGGCAAGAUCCAACUGGAGACCAUCAUCAAGUCUCUGAAGGCCACACAGGAUGAGAUCAACCAGGCUCGGAGUAAGUUGUCCCAGAUUCAGGACAGCCAACAGGAAGUGUCUAAAAGCAUUGAGCAGUACAACAGCACAUUGAAUGGAACCCAUGGAGGCAGCAUGACCAACCUGGCCGAUAUGAGCGAGGGCUUCAGUGACCGAGAGAACGGUGGAUUUCCAGCCACGGUGAGAGCCGCACAGGAGGAUCCAUUCAAAGUGAAGCCGUCUGUGUUCAACAGCCAGCCUCAGGAGCUUCACACUGACCCCUUCCACUCUGAAGACCCUUUCAAAACAGACCCAUUCAAAGGUGACCCUUUCCAAAAUGACCCUUUUGCAAAGCAGCCAUCAACAGCUACAGAUCCUUUUGGAGGAGACCCGUUUAAAGAGACAGAUCCUUUCAAGGCUUCAUCAGAAGAUUUCUUCAAGAAGACCACAAAGAUGGAUCCCUUCUCCACACCAGACCCAUUCAGCAAAAGUGCCACAUUACCCUCCAAGCAAACCAGUCACUUCACAAGCAUUGACCCGUUCUUCUCAAGUAACCCAAAACCCAAAGGACCAGACCUGUUUGUCACGUUGGACCCAUUUGGCAGUAGUUCGUUCAACAAUAGCAGUAACAGUUCUGCUGGAUUUGCAGACUUCAGCCUCAUGUCGAAGCCCAGAGACCCUUUUGAAGGCAGAGCCAGCUGGCUGCCGGACUACCAAAAGUCUGUGUUUGUAGACGACCCAUUCAGCAGGAAAAAUGAUACACCAGCUCUGCCACCGAAGAAGACUGUUCCUCCAAGGCCCAAGCCUCCCAGUGGUAAGACCACACCAGUGAGCAUGUCUGGCACAGCAGACCCUUCCAAACCAUGUGACCCUUUCCAGCCAUUUGGCAGCGAGGCCAUUGACCCGUUUCAGAGUAAAAAGGGCCUCGGAGACCCGUUCAGCGGCAAAGACCCUUUCGCCCCAUCGUCAGCAUCAAGACCUGACAAAGUCAAGUUUGGGAAUGAGGCUCAGCAGUUGGAGUGGGCGAAGCGAGAGAGUGAGCGAGCGGAGCGAGAGCGGCUGAAGAGGCUCAGACAGCAGGAGCAGGAGGACCUGGAGCUGGCCAUCGCCCUCAGCAAGGCUGAGAUGUCCAACGCAUGACCUGGAAACCAAACCACACACAGAUACACAGACAGAGCGCAGACAGGCUAAUCUGCACACAAAAAUGACAGACAUCUAGAUAAUCAGACACAAAGCACAUCACUGGACUAACUCAAGUGUUCAUACACACUCCGGUACACACACACACACACACACACACACACACACAGGACCUGGACUCCCACUAUCUACAUUCCCCUACGCACUAUGACUCAAUGAAUAAAGAACUUCUUGGCGAGCUGCUGACCCUGUGUUUAGAAAACAAGCCAACAAAAGUGAGGGUCGAGAAGUUGUCACGGCAAAACUCUUCAGCUGACAUGAAGACAUGGAGAACUGCAGGAUGGAGGAGGAGGAGGAGCCAAGAGGGGCCUGAUGGAAACAAAUAGAUGCACUGUGUUCAUGCACUCUGGUGGCCGGACAGUAAUGCGAUGGAUCCAUUCACCGGACUGAGCCAACUUGCUGACUGUAGAUGAAACACGACACCUGGACGGCUGGAAUCUCAGCUCGUUUUUCUUCUGCAGCUCCACUCACAGCGAGGGAACAUGCGACAUACUGGCAUGCUAACCAAACUGUUGCUAUUACCUGCAACAUGCAGCUGUGAAGAAAAAUAACACUACAAUUCAAACUCCCAAGGAAGUUCUGUCACUUACCCAGACUCAGUGAACAAGUGAGUAGGUUGAUUUUCUGCUGAAGGAGAAUAGUUUCCUUUGCUUUGUGCUGAGAUCGACUUGAUUCUGUAUUGGAUGCACAGAAAUGAAAUUGACAUUCGUCUUUCAUCUGACUCUGGUUAAGUUGAAGCAUAUUUCUACAAAUAUUAGUUUUCCUUUUAAGUUCAUACCACAACAGGGAAUAAAACGAGAUUAGAGAUUUGCAUCUAAAGUUCCAGACAGGGCUGGAUUAUCAACAAGGCAGAGCAGGUAAACCCCUGAGGGGGCCUGAUGGCUCCAGGUUCAUUGUGGGAAUCUUAUAACCCUUUUCCACCAACAUGGAACCAGUUUCGUUCUGGUUCCCACACCCAGUUUUGAACCAUACAGAACAUUUCAACCAAAAAUAAACUGGUUCAGAAGCCGAAAAGUUGGUUCCCAGCUGAGACCAAAAUAUAGCAGGAUUUCCUUGACCUGAGUUGCGAACUAUGGCAUCAUCAGAAAGCGGGUCAUAUUUUACAAGUUUGAAAGAGGAUGGAGAUGACAACAGUGGAGAAGUUAAGUUAGAAAUCGUCAGGAAAAAAAUGAAUGUGCAGUGGUUCCAUUAGUAGUUAGUCUAUGCUUGUUUUUUUGGUAAAAACCAAGGCUGUCAAAUGAUCCAUUUUAAAAAUUGUAAUUGCAAUUAAUUGCAAUAUUUGAUCACAUUUUUUUUCAGUCCCAUUAUUAUGCAUUACAAAAAUGCUCAUAUUGACAAGGAAAAUCAAUUCUUACCAGAUUACUCAUGGAGUUCCACAGAAGUCAUUUUCUCUCAGGUAUCUUAAAGUCAAAGGUCAGGUGGCCCCUGUAAAAUGACCAUACCGUUUUUUCCAUCAUCAAAAGUUUGAAAGUUAUUUCACCUCCAUCCCAAGAAGCUAGACAUGGUUGAUACCACUGGAUUCCUUUGGUCUUUCAGUUUUGGAUAAAUAUCAUCACUGUAGCUUUAACACUCAGCCCAGUACAGCCUCGUAGAGACAGGAAUGUCGACCGGUGAUAAAUCCAAUGUAAAAAAAACCAACCCAAAACCUUGUUACCUGCGGACCUUGAUGGCAUUGUGAUUGAUGGCAUCGUCCUUGAUUGUGAUGGUUCUGCGCAAAACUAAUGGAAAUGCGGGCUGCUUCACUAGGUGGUUCCAAGGUCCCAGGAACCCUGAAUGGAACUGGUUCAGAGCUAAUUUGGUGGAAAGGGGGUAUGAGUUUGUGAUCAUGUUAUUGUAGGUUUGUUAAGGAACAUGCUAUGCAUCACUGAAGCACACAAUAUAAAUGGAUAUGACAAGGGCCUUAAAGCACUACUGACAUUAUUAACUCAUUGAUGAGGUCAUGUGCUGUAGGGGGGCCAGGAUAAAACUGGGACCUCUGUGAUAAGGCCCCCAUGUCUUUUAACUUAACACCCUCAGUGUGUAACACAGGCUCUCUUAUAAACAUAGAGUCUCACAGCCCAAGCUGAGACAAUCCCAAUAACAUCACUAUGAUGUGGCCGCACACAUGUCGCGUCUUUAACCGCCUGGAAAACAUGAAUUUUCAAGCACUGGGUGCUACUCUUGUGUUGCGUCUGAGGUUGCUAAGCAACCAGAAUCAGCACUAUAUCACAGCCCUCUGCGUGCAGAGCUGAUCUUCUCCCAGCUGUUUAUUAAGUGUGUUUUAGGUCUAAAAUAUUGUCUGUGGAGAAAUGUAAAGCUCACGCUAUCCCUGCAUUAAAAUGAUCAACUUCUUCUCCAUAUUUAUCAGAGACUGAUAUUUACAGAAGAAAGGAAAGAUAUCUGCCAGCUUGGUUGCUCCUCGUCAAAUGACGUGGUGCACGCAGCUGGGUUCCAACAUAGACUGUAAAUAGGAAUAGACAACUUUCUCUUUCCCCCACUAUGCCAGUGAAGCUAAAAUAUCCCGGGUACGGCCGCUGCCAUCUUGUGUUGGUGAUGCCAUUCAUAGCCGGAGUGUGCGCAGUAGCUAUCUUCGCAGUGACGGAGCUCCCGCCAAAACACCCGUCCAACCAGUCGCAAGCAGCCUUAUUGAACGUGAGUGCAUUGAUUGGAAUUCACAGCUGUCAGUCAUUGCAGGAAAUCCCCUUUUUGUUGAAUUGACUAACUUAAUAAACCAAACAAUCACUUGAAAAAUCAUCAGGGUGAUGAGAUCUACCCUCAGGGACAGAAACCACCUUUGGAAAAAAAUAAUUUUGGCAAGUUUUUAGUUUGGCCUAUCUCCUAUUUACUUACACGGGGUAGGGGGGGGGCUUUAUGCCCUCUACUGCAGCCAGACACUGCAGCGAUUGAGAUUCAAAAGCUACACUUUUGGAAGCUGUCAUGGUUUCCAUCUUUUCAUACAGUCUUUGUGUUCCAAAUGUUGAACUCUGUUUAUCUUGUGACAAAGCCGUCAUGCAGAGAGAAAUAGGGCAACACGCGCACAUUGCAACGGCAUUGGUGUGGCGUAGGAGCAUGCCUGCUGCACGUCUCCGUUGACAACAAUAGAAAUUAGCACGCAAAAAACGCGGCAUGUGUACGGCCCUUAGAGCUCCUCCAGCUCCCGUUAAUCUGUCCCUGAGUCAGUGUUUGAGAUAGUCAGCAAGGAGAGAUGCUCCCCUCCUCCAGCUCUGAUGUAAAAAAGAACACUUUUAACCAACAUUAGUCUUGUAUGUUUGACUCCUUUGACUCUUGAUGCAUUACGUGAGGAAAGAAAAAACAACUGCUCUUCAGCUGUUUUAAAAGAAACUGAUUAUUACGCUGUUUCCCUCUAAUAUGACACCUGACGAAUGAAAAUAAUAGCUUCAAGUGUCAACAUAUCCUCUGAGUGACAGCAACAAAUUGUACAGAUCUAUUUUCUUUGUGUGUGAGUGUGAGACUGUACUGUGCUUCCCUGCAGUACUCUCUCGCCCUCUGUCCAGUGUAAAUAGAUAAACAGAGCUAACUAUGCGUCUCCUCGACAGCUCUACUCUGAUCCUGAUGCUGUGAUGUCACACCACAUCCAACAAAUGAAAGGCAAGAUGAGGGAAUUAUUUUUUCUAUGUUUGACCUCGUUUUCUUAUUGAACAAGGAUUUUAACAUGGUUUUCAAGAGCUGGUUAUGAUUUUAUUAUUUUUGACAUGUUUAUAUUUUAAAAGAACAUCCAUAUUAAUCUAGAUGUUUUGUGCUAUAGCCUCAUCUGCAGUGGUAGUCAGUGCUCUGCAGAGCAGCAGGCACAAGCUGCAGAGUGUUUGGAAAGGUUUGGAACUGACUGGAGAUUGGAAAUAUUUCUAUUUCUGAUGUGUCAUAGUUUGAUGUUUGGAUUUAACCACUCUCUUUGUUUUUCUAUGAGUUGUCCCUUUUACUUGAAGUGGUUACUGAUGUUUGAGUGAAGCAGAGUCGAGUCGACAGGUAAAGCAAAACAGAUUCUGCUCAGCUUCUUUUCAGUUUCCCUCAAGCCCCUCUGUUGUAGGUAUGAAUAUCAUGUUGUUUUUUUAUAUAUGUGAGUGUGUAUUCAGUGUGUGUUCAUGACCAGUCAUAUGCUUCAGUCAGUGUUUUGCCACGUGCAUGCCGUGCUGCUGGGUUCUGCUCAGAGCACAUACGUUCUCCUAAAUGUUACUUAUGGGACGUUAUUAUUUUUAUCAUCACUUUGUACACUUAAUGUGGAGAGACAAGUGUUGCACUUGGCUCAGUCAAAGAAUCAAUCAAAGAACAGCCUGUUGACAUUGUUGGUGUUUAUUAGACCACUAGCAGUACUUUGCUCUCAGGUUAGUCAUACAUUGUAAAGCAGCACUGGAUGUCUUCUGAUGGGACUCAAAAAUCUCUGUUAGUCUGUUAAUUCUUUAGAGGAAAGGAAGAGUUUUGAAGGUACAAAAUGCCCUUAAAAACUUUUUGGGAAGGAACAAAAAUGUGAUUUAGUAAAAUCAAAGAUGGCUCAGUGCUGCCACUGGUGUCUGAAUAUAUUACUGUUAGUGCUACUACUACUAGUACUCACAACCACUGGCAGCCCUGUAGCACGCUGCUGCUGAGUAGAUUCCUGAGUGAUCUGCAGGGUUUAAUACCACAGGAUGAUGUAGGUUGACUUGACUUUUCACUGAUGGUGAGUGUGCUACUGACUUUCAGCUUUUUAAAGACUAAUGAAUACAUAUGAGAAACCCUCAAAAUGUUAAGAAAAGUAAUAUUCUCACACCUAUUUUCCUCAUUAAACAGAAAUACAACUGUACACCUUUUGAAUUCAACCUAUUCUCGAUCACGGAAGACUCACAAGGCUUAAUAGCCUUGUUAACUCAUUUUAAAACACACUUCAUUCAAACUUGGCACAAACAAAAACAGUCUUGGUUACUGUUGUUAAUAAUCUAGUU